AUGAGAAGUGAAAGUAUUGUGGUUUUAGGAUUAAUCUUAGGUACAUGUUUGGCUGUUCCUACUAUUCCAGAUCUAGAUGAUUUUGAUGCAUUAAAGGAAAGAUGUAAUAAAAAAGCAGGAAAUGGAACUUUCGAAAAAAUUAAGAUUGCCAGAGAUGAAACUCAAACCUGCUUGGAAAACCUUAUUGAUAUAGACGCAUUCAAAAAUGAACUAGAUGAAUCCAAGAAAACCGGUUCCAUGGAUGAGGUGUUCGAUAAAUAUUGUAAAAAGCGUCCUCAAUUUAGAGAGUGUCUCAAAAAGACUUACGAUGCUGUAAAACCAUGCUUGGAACAGAACGAAAAUAAUGCUAUAAACUUAACGUCCAACAUUCUUCAACAAUUGGGAGAUUUCGCUUGUUUCAAGAAUGGAGAUCGACUUGCAAUGUUUGUUGCUGAAGGGGGUGCUGAUUGUUUACAAUCUCGUUCAGACGCCAUCCAAAACUGUGUUAAUGCAACUCUUAAGUUCAAUCCUGAUUCAUUUUCACCAAACUCUAUACCAAAUUUAAUAGUGACCGAAAAAGUUUGCGAUGACUUGGGAAAAAUUCAAAGCUGUGUGGUUAAAGAUAUGGAAGAUCAUUGUAAAUCAACUCCAGCAAAUAUAAUUGAUGCUCUUUUCAGAUUUGUCAAAAAAAUUACUUGUAAAGAUAUCAAGAAAUGA